GGAGUCUAUACAGCAAGGCCUACAAAGGGAGAAGCUAAGGGAAGAGAUCCAAGACUCGCCGUCGCGCAGUGGAAGCGUCCAGUCAGUACUUGCGAAAAACGUGCACCAUCUUGAAAUGGCUCGAGAUCCAUAUGUUGACGUCAAGAAGGAGGUCGAGCAGAACCUGAGGGCUACGCAUACUCUACUCGAGUCAUACGACAGGCUAUCGGACACAUCGACCUCAUCAACGUUUGCUGAAGCGCAGGAAGAGCUCCGAGGAACAUUGGCUCUUCUGGAAGCGGAUUUGGAGGAUCUCGAGGAAUCCGUCAGAGUUGUCGAAGCGACGGGCGAUAGAUGGGGGAUAGAAGAAUCAGAAGUAAAGCGUCGGCGGGGUUUUGUAGAGAGAGUCAAGGCAGAAGUCAGAGACCUAAGGGGGAAGAUACAUGGAAAUGGCCAGGGAAACGCACACAGUCGCAGCAAAGGCAAGGGAAAAGAAAGGGGACCUUAUAGAGAUCUACCGGACGAUCUGGAGGCCGGACCAGAGGAUGAUGCAGAAGAAGCGAGGAGGUGGGAGAUGGAGGAGCAGCAGACCUUGAUACGGCAACAAGACGAUACGCUCGGGUUCAUUUCAGGGACGUUGACUACGCUGGCGUCGCAGGCUGGACUGAUAGGGCAGGAAGUGGGCGAACAGACUGAGAUGCUUGACGAUUUAGGGAGCCGAGUGGAUACCACAACCUCGCGAUUGAAACGAGUACAACGCCAGAUGAACGACUUUAUUCGGCGGAACGAAGAAACGAAGAGCGGCUGGUGCAUUUGUAUACUGAUCUUCGUUCUCAUAGCUUUGCUCAUAGCUGUAAUCAUUACAUAGGCUAGCAGACAUCAUGCAUAGAGUUCAAU